AACCGCUGCAUUCCGAUGCAAAACGUCACCGAUCAAAACAAUAAUAGGCGCAGUCGGUGUAAGCUCUCGCUAGUAUCAUCACAUCAUCGGCACCCCGUGCGUUCCCAGCUUUCCUCGUAACGUCGUCAAGAUAGGUUCCAGAAUGAGCUCAUCGCCCGAAGGUCAGGACAUGAUGGAGGUCUUGGCCUGCAACAGUAACCAGCUGGCGGACGACCUGUUGUCGGCCGGCAACAACGCAGGCAAACGGCAGAAGCUCGUCAUGGACUAUCUGAAGGUGGCCGAUCGGGACGGGAAAAUCGUAACGGCCGAGUUUCCCGACGGACUGGACUGGUUCAACGUGACGGAAGCGCUAACGCUGCAAGGUUCGCUGCGCGGGAAGGUGGUUGUGCUGGAUUUUUUCACCUACUGCUGCAUCAACUGCAUGCACAUCCUGCCGAAUCUGAAGCGGCUCGAGCACCUGUACCCGAUCGAGGAGGGACUGGCGGUGAUCGGAGUGCACAGCGCCAAGUUCAAGAACGAAAAGGAUUCCAACAACAUCCGGGCUGCGGUCGAACGGUACGAAAUUUCGCACCCCGUCGUCAACGAUAACGUAUCGGCGAUGUGGCGCAAGCUGCGGGUACAGUGCUGGCCGACACUCAUGAUACUGGGGCCCCGUGCGAACCCCCUGUUCGUGAUAAUGGGCGAAGGAAACUUCGAGGACCUGAAGCUGUACGUUGGCAGCGCGAUCCGAUUCUACAGGGAAAAGGGCGAAAUCCAGCGCCAUUCGCUACCUCUUAAUCUGUCCGGGACGGGAACGCUGGCUUCGAACAUGAAAUAUCCCGGCAAGAUCGCCUGUUCGUGUCCGACAACCAUCGGCGGUAGUGCAAAGGAAGACAGCAACGAGGAGCCACUGUUCGCCGUUUCCGAUUCGGGCAACCACCGGAUAUUGAUCAUCGACUCGGCCGGUACGGUGCUGCACAAGGUCGGAGGCAAACAGAGCGGGUUCCUUGAUGGCAACUUCUCGAAGGCUCGCUUUAACGCUCCCCAGGGCGUUGCGUUCCAAGGGCCGGACGUACUGUUCGUGGCGGACAACGAAAACCAUGCCAUCCGCAGAAUCGAUCUGAAAUCACACAUGGUCAGCACCGUCGCCGGAAACGGUACGCAGGGAAACGAUCGUACCGGUGGAAAGACUGGGCGUGACCAGCUGCUAUCCUCACCGUGGGACGUAGCGGUGUACUCGACGCGUGACCUCGAUAUGUCGUUCCAUGCGGACGAUGCGACCGUUCCCUCCAAGGAUGUGCUGCUGAUAGCGAUGGCGGGAAUUCAUCAGAUUUGGGCCAUCUUCCUGGAGGAUACGAUCUGGUGGAAGUUCAAGAAGUACAGCGCCGGUACGUGCUGUGCCAUUGCAGGCAGUGGCCACGAGCAGAACCGCAACACGUCUUACCCACACAGUGCCGCCUUUGCACAACCAUCCGGGUUGGCCGUGAACCGUGUAGCUAAGGAGGUCUAUCUAGCGGACAGUGAGAGUUCCGCCAUCAGGAAGAUUUCGCUCGCGGAUGGAAAAGUGAUGGCCGUGGCCGGUGGCGAUCGUAAUCCAUUGGAUCUGUUCGCUUUCGGCGAUCUGGAUGGAAAGCAAUAUUCGGCCAAAUUCCAGCAUCCUCUCGGUGUCGCGUACAAUCCGACCGACGGCUGCAUUUACUUCGCGGACACGUACAAUCACAAGAUAAAGAAAAUUGACGUUACGACCAACUGCGCGACGACCUGUGAGUUCCGCGAGGCAAAUGGUUCGAUUCGGCGCUUCAACGAACCGGCCGGACUGUGUCUCGAUCGUUCCGGCCACCACCUGUACAUUGCAGACACAAACAACCACGAGCUGCUGGUCGCUAACCUGGCCGAUGGCAGUAUCCGUCCGUUAAAGCUGAACUUCCGCGUACCGGAAGAGCUGGACAGUGUGGGCGAUGAUCGCCGUACGGGCAUCACGCUGAAGCCAACCCGUCCAAUCAAGAUGCAUCCCGAUGCUGGCCAGAGCACGUUGCGCUUGGCGUUUAACAUGACCUUCCCCGGUCAAACCACCAAGCUAACCGACGGUGCACCACAGCAAUGGUCGCUCGAGCUGCCUUCUACCGAGUGGAGUUGCGAAUGCACCAAAGGUACCCUCGAUGCCGUUGCCGGGCAAUCGCUCCAGCUGCUCAUCGUACCACCACCGGCAAACGAUGCGGCACCGUUGAACGGCAACGAUCCCUCGCCGAUAGCGCUCAACUUUAAGCUGAAUCUCUGCGAAGGAGACGUUUGCUUCCCGAAGGAAUUCACGGUGCUGCUGGAAGUGCAAUACUCCGCUAACGAAGUUGGCCACUCCAAGGUGGAACGAUACGAUGCACAGGAAACGUACGAUUUGCAGCUCUCGCGUGCAAACGUUUCACUUCACCAGCAGUGAGAAAAACAGUCGCGCACAACGCAAAAUCAACGCAUUUUUAUCACCUUUCAAGCUACAAAAGUUGUAGGCUGGGCGCCAUUUGUUAGUCCUAUUUCGUUUUCCUGUACUUCAGCUGUAGUACCGCCGCCACGAGCUAGCUUUGCAUCGAUUUUAUACAGAGGAGAGAUUUUAUUUAUACCCCCAUUGCUUGACCGUUCCACGCCAGCUUCAGGUAAACGCAACACAGUGGAAAAGAUGUUAACGACAAUCCGACUUUGGCUACUUAAAAGGGUCAAAGCCGAUUGGUAUGCUUCACGACACUACCGAUCAUUAGGACUUCCAUCGAAGACGCACUAAAUCGAGCGAUGUAGUAAUGUAGCAUUUAACUGGAGAGAAAUUCUCCUCACAAUAAAUUUGUUAUAAAUGGAA